AUGAAGAAGAAAUUAGAUGAAAAGGAGAAGGAAUUAGAAUGGAGAAGAGCUCAGAACAAUUCAGAUGAAAUGAGAAAGAAAUUAGAUGAAAAGGAGAAGGAAUUAGAAUGGAGAAGAGCUCGGAACAAUUCAGAUGACAUCACUCUUAAUGGACUCACGGCCCACCCCAAUCUUUCUCUUGCUGACAAUAGGAAGAGUUUGACACAUGAAGCCCAACCUCAACAAGUUCCACCAAACCCAGGGAGGUUUGAUUCAACUGUCUGCAUGCUGGGUUCUGAGAGCUUCUCCUCUGGAAAGCACUACUGGGAGGUGGAGGUUGUGGGCAUUAAUGACUGGGACCUUGGAGUGUCCAGAAUAUCAAUACAGAGAAAAGGGAAACUUUCCCUGUCCCCCAAAGAGGGAUUCUGGGUUUUCGGUGUCAGUGGGAGAGAUUGUUGGGCAAAAACAGAUCCAUGGACCCGGGUCGUGGUGCAGAAAAAGCUGACAAAAAUUGGAGUUUACCUUAGUUACCAUGAUGGACUGGUGACCUUUUUCAAUGUAACUGACAUGUCUGUGUUGUUCACAUUUAGGGAUUGUUCAUUCUCAGGAGAGGUUUGUCCAUUCUUUAAAAAUUCCCACAAAGGAACAACAAUGAGAAUUUGUUCAAUUAAAGAGGAAUAAAUAUAAUGUAACACUAAUGCUGAUUUUGUACUGAUAGAGCUGAAAUCAUGAAUGUAUUUUUAUA